UUGAGCUCGGUGCCGCGCUAGGCGGGAUUGUCAGGUUGUGAACCUCUCGGGGGCCGGUCCGGUGUCCGCCAGCGCCAUGUCUCGGCUCAGGCGGGGUGGCAGAGCCCCGGACCCUAUGGCCGGUUUCCGGGACGGUAAAGAGCAGGAGCCGGCGGUGCCCCAGGGGCUGAUCAAGGCGGCGCGGAAAAGCGGCCAAUUAAACCUGUCCGGGAGAGGCCUGACUGAUGUUCCGGUAAGCGUUUGGCGGAUAAACCUGGACACGCCGGAAGAAGCGCAUCAGAACGUGGCGUUUGGCGGGGCGGACCGCUGGUGGGAGCAGACGGAUCUGUCCAAGCUGAUUCUGGCUUCCAACAAACUCCAGUCUCUUUCGGAAGAUAUCCGGCUUCUCCCGGCCCUCGUGGUGUUGGAUAUACACGAUAACCAGGUGACGUCUCUCCCCCGGGCCAUCGGCGAGCUGAGCGGCCUGCAGAAACUCAAUCUCAGUCACAAUAAGAUUAAAGAGCUCCCGGCAGAGCUGGCCAACUUACAGAGUCUGAAGAGCCUUCUAAUCCAACACAACCAGCUGGAGGAGAUACCGGACGCGCUGGGCCGGCUCGGCUCCUUGGACCAGUUAGACGUGUCCAACAAUCAGCUUAAAACCAUCUCAAGCUGCAUCGGCGGACUCUCGUGUCUCGUCCGUCUAAAUCUGUCCCAUAACAGGCUAAAGACGUUACCGGCAGAAAUUGGUCAGCUGAAAAAUGUGAAGCAGCUGGACUGUACCUCCAACCUGCUGGAGAGCGUCCCCUCCUCGCUGGGCGGCAUGGACUCGCUGGAGCAGCUCUAUCUCAGGCAGAACAAGCUGACGGAUCUGCCAGAACUUUCCUGCAAACUGCUGAAGGAGCUUCACGUGGGUAAUAACCAGAUAAAUACGCUGGGUCCCCAACAUCUGAAGCAUUUGUGCUCCAUCAGUGUGCUGGAGCUCCGGGACAACAAGCUGAAGUCGUUACCGGAGGAGAUCACCCUGCUGCAAGGUCUGGAGCGCCUCGAUUUAACCAACAACGAUUUGGGGGGCCUCCCCAAUGCUCUCGGAAACCUUCCGAACUUGAAGUCCCUGCAGUUGGACGGUAACCCCCUGAGGGGGCUUCGCAGAGAUCUCCUGAGUAAAGGCACUCAGGAGCUCCUCAAGUAUUUAAGAAGUCGGAUCCAAGCGCCAGAGGUGAAGACCGGGCAGGACGCGGCCCCCGUCGUUACGGCUAUGACUCUGCCGAGUGACGCCCUCGUCAGCAUGCACUCAGUCACCACACUCAAGACCUUGGAAUACUGCGACAAGCAAGCGCCUGUCAUACCGGAGGCUGUCUUUAAUGCUGUCGGUACGAAUCCCAUCACAGCCGUAAAUUUCAGCAAGAACCUUUUAACUGAAGUACCGGCCAGGAUUGUUGAAUGGAAAGACGCGCUGUGUGACGUUAACCUCGGCUUCAACCGGAUCCCCGAAGUCUCCCUGAGCCUCUGCAUGCUUCUCAAACUGACGCACCUGGAUAUGCGAAAUAACAUUCUGAUGUCACUUCCUGCGGAGAUGGAGGCGCUGACCCGUCUGCAGUCAGUUAUACUUUCUUUCAACAGGUUUAAAACAUUUCCUGAUGUUCUUUAUCGAAUCCCAUCGUUGGAAAGUAUUCUCAUCAGCAGCAAUCAGAUCAGCUCGAUAGAUCCUCUUCAGUUACAGAAGAUGAGCAAGCUUUCCACCCUGGAUCUCCAAAAUAACGACCUUCUGCAGAUCCCGCCGGCCCUGGGGAACUGCGAGAGUCUAAGAGCUCUGCAUCUGGAGGGUAACCCUUUCCGCAAUCCACGGGCGGCGAUUUUAGCUAAAGGAACGGCAGCUGUACUGGAAUAUCUACGCAGUCGCAUCCCCACCUGAUCAACUGGAGGGAAAGGAAAACCAAUGGAAUUAGGCUUUGGUGUGAAACACUUCAGUCAGGUGCUCCUCGGGGGUGGGGUUUGUCGAUGAUAAUGGAGUACAGCAAGCCAAUGGGUUAGUGUGUCUAUUCCAGUUUGCCUGUGCAACCUGUCAGCAGCGGCCAUUACAGUUUGUAAACAUGAUCCCGCAGGGCCCGGUUACGUGUGAACCAUUUAAAAAAAUUAAGCAAAUAUUUUAGCUUGUCCAAAGUUCCUAAAUCGCCCCGUUUUUUCUUCUUCAGUGACCCCACAAGCUGUUUAUAUUUAGGAUGAUAAUCAUUCCUGUUUUAGCUGUGAGUCCUGAUUCCUGCUACGGCUUUGGAGAGGAAUCAUUUGCUUACGUGUUUUUUUGAUAUUUAGUAAUGUUUGUGAAAUAUCAAAUGCCAAGAAUUAUGCAAAAAUGUGUUAAUUUUUGCGUUUACGAGAGCACUUACACAAACUCGAUGACGUUAUGCCUGCAAUGCCUUGAAAGAAACAACAAAUAAAUAUUUAUCAAUAGCCA